AUGCAGAGUAGGUUGCCCUCUGUCCCUGAGCCACCAACGGAGGGGUCUCAUGUGCAGGAAGCCAAGCGGAACCACUUUGGACAUGGCUGCUAUCAGACCCAGCAGCCUUUGAAACUGCUUCACACUGCAUUAGAGGAAAUACAUUCUGGGUACCAAAUCAGGGAAAAAGUGACCAGGACGACAACAGACAGUGGCUCAAACUUCCUGAAGGCCUUUAGCUUAUAUGGUGAGGAGAAAGAGGAGGAAGCCACCAAUGUACAAGAGGACAGUGACUCCACCCUUGAUGAUGCAACAGAAGAUCAGAGUGAGUCAGAAGUGGAGUAUCAAAAUGUGUCUGCUAACACAGGCCUUGAGUACCAACUUCCAAGGCACCAAAAGCGUGCGUGCCAUCUUCUCAAUCUUAUAUCCACAGUUGAUGCCACUGCUGCAGGAGGAGCUGCAAAUGAAACCUACAAGAGGCUGUCUCGGUCUGCUUUUGCCAAAUGUCAUGCUCUUUGGAAUAAAACCAGCAGGUCAACCAUGGCUCAUAAGACAGUGGAACGUGAAUGCAAGCUACAGUUUCUCCGACCCAAUCAGACAUACUGGAGCUCCCUGUUCCUCGCUGUAGAAAGGAUUGUGCGCAUUCACCAAGAGCAAGGAGAACAAGCAAUUGUCUGCACAGCAUUGAAGAUAAAGAUGUUCAAUCAAGCUGAAAUGGGGUUUUUGGUCGAGUAUGCUGCUGUGAUAAAGCCUGUUGCCAUGGCCCUUAAUAUCCUCCAAGGGGAAUCAUUUGUGCAUAUGGGCCUCCUGCUGCCAACACUUUACCAGUUGCGGGACAAGCUGAAGAGGUUGGAGUCAACUUGCAAAAUUUGUACACCUCUUGUUCACGCCCUGCAGCAAGGGAUCCAGAAAUGUUUUGGAGCAGCCUGAGCUGAUUGCAGCAGCAAUACUCCUAACAAGAUUCAGAACAUCCUGGACCACAGAGGAGAACAUCUUAAAUGGCCUUGACUACAUCAGAAAUCACAUUGACACAGACUUGGAUGAUGUCACCAACACAAACAGCAGCCCCUCUGAUGAAGACGACUACUUUGCAUCCAUGAAGUUGGGAAAAUCACAAGUAGGAGGGCUGUAGAGGUACCGUUCAUGUCCUUCCCCUGUAGGUAUUGAUCUACUUCACACCUUUCCUCACAUCAAGAAUCUGUCACUCAAAGUCAACACAGGUCUUCCUGCAUCUGCAGCCUGUGAGAGACUUUUCAGUCAUGCAGGACUCCUGUUCACUGCAAAACGAUCACAGCUUCACAGCAAGAACCUUGAGAGCCAGCUACUGUUGAAGUUUAAUAGUGACAUCACUGAGUGUGUGUGUGUGUGUUUCCUUCUGUUGUUCUGUCACUGGAGACACACACACACACACACAGUUUAUGAGAAUUUAUGGGCUGCCUCGUUCUAGUUCUGCCUGGUAAAAAAGUAUAAAGGUUUGGAAAUUUGUGUUACUUGUGCGUAUUUAUUUUUUAUUUAUUAUUAUUUUAUUUAUUUUAUUUAUUAAGUAC